AUGGAAAAAGACAGUUUCCAGCAGUUAGAACUAGAGAAGGGUAGACCUUCCAAAAGGAGGACUCCCAAAAGAGUUAUCCAUUUUGUUGAUGGUGACAUCAUGGAAGAAUAUAGCACAGAAGAAGAGGAAGAAAAAGAGGAACAGAGAACAAAUUCAACACUUGAUCCUUCUAAACUUUCAUGGGGGUCCUACCUAUGGUUUUGGGCAGGGCGAAUAGCAAGGACCUCAUUUUCUACAUGUGAAUUCCUUGGUGGAAGAUUUGCUGUCUUCUUUGGUCUUAAUCAACCCAAAUACCAGUAUGUGUUAAAUGAGUACUAUAGAACACAAAAUAAGGAAAGUGACAAGGAAAGUGAAGGGAAUGGAUCAAAGGCCCAACCAGCCAAUGUUCCCAAUGAAAAGUGUCACCUGGAGGCUGGGGGCCGAGAGUAUGGAACGAGACAACAGGACAUUGCCGAGGGCAUUCCUCAGUGGAGUAUCUCAUCCAGCGAGGGCCUGAUGGCAGAUUCCAGCUCCUAA